AAUUUGUUGUGUUCCUUAGCAAGUCGAUAACUCAGCCUCCUAUUUAAACAAGGUAACAGUGUUCAGUCAGUUGUAAGUCUUGUAACACUAAACUAUCACACAUUAUUAAGUUUACUAUUCAUUCUGUACAUCAUCAAGGCCUCAACACAUUUCGGUGACAGAACGGUAGGAAAUGGAAGGGAAAACAAUGAAGGCUUUUGUGGUGGUAGCGAUAUCAAUAAUGGUGAUACUUGAGCCUAGUUUCGCAGCAUCUGAUCUAAGUUUGGAUGUUGGGAGUGCUACAAAAACAACCUACUCCAAACUGUUAACCGACAUUCGUGAUAAUGUCAAGGAUCCGAAACUCAAGUAUGGAGGUACCAACAUACCAGUAAUGGCAAAAGAAGGAACAUCCAAGUUACUUUUGAUUGAUCUCAAGUCAUCAGAUGGAAAGACAAUCACGAUAGGUAUCAGUAAAGAAGAUAAGUUCAAUUUAUAUGUGCAAGGCUAUCUUGACAAGAUUACAAUUAAAAAUAAAGAGGUUUCUAGAGCACAUAUAUUUCCUGAUGCAUCUGCAUAUGCGACCAAGAAUAUGUUUCCAGAGGUACCUGCAGGUGCUAAUCGUCUAACAAUUAAAUACAAAAGUGCAUAUUUGGAUAUUGAGAAGAAGGGUGGAAGUAGAACCAAACUCGGAUUGGGUGUUAAACAAGUUAACAAGUUUAUAAAAAAUGUUUACGGGAAGCCAAUUGACGAGAAAACUAUUCCGAUCCAAGCUCAGUUUAUGCUUAUUGUCAUCCAAACGAUAGCAGAGGCAACACGAUUCAAGUAUAUCGAGAACUUGAUUCUGGCUGAUUUCGAUUCAUUUGAAAAUAGGCCCGACCCUAAAACGAUUGAAUUGGAAAAGAGUUGGCAGAAAAUCACCAUAGGAAUUAAGACCUCUACUAAGAAAGGGGAGAUCAAGCCAGCGUUGGAUUUAACGUAUGAUAAAGAUAAGCCUUGGAUUGUGUCGGAAGUCAGUCAAAUUGCUCCAGACAUGGGGCUUCUAAAGUACCAAGGCAAGUAAGCUUUGUACGGAGUAUAUGUGUUUUAUUGUUAGUAAUUGUGUAUGAAUAAGGUGGCAAUAAUGGAAGUAUUAUAACUAUUAUUGUUGCGUGUUGUAUGUAUUUCAUUCCCUAAUUAAUCAAAGCAAAUUUCUGGUGUUUAUUAA